AUGGACGUGGACGUGGACGUGGACGUGGACGUGGACGUGGACGUGGACGUGGACGUGGACGUGGACAUGGACGUGGACGUGGACGUGGACGUGGACGUGGACGUGGACGUGGACGUGGACGUGGACAUGACGUGGACGUGGACGUGGACGUGGACGUGGACGUGGACAUGGACGUGGACGUGGACGUGGACAUGGACGUGGACGUGGACGUGGACAUGGACGUGGACGUGGACGUGGACUGGACGUGGACGUGGACGUGGACGUGGACAUGGACGUGGACAUGGAGGUGGACGUGGACGUGGACGUGGACGUGGACGUGGACGUGGACGUGGACGUGGACGUGGACAUGACGUGGACGUGGACAUGGACGUGGACGUGGACGUGGACAUGGACGUGGACGUGGACGUGGACGUGGACGUGGAACGUGGACGUGGACGUGGACAUGGACGUGGACGUGGACGUGGACGUGGACGUGGACGUGGACGUGGACAUGGACGUGGACGUGGACGUGGACCGUGGACGUGGACGUGGACGUGGACGUGGACGUGGACGUGGACGUGGACAUGGACGUGGACGUGGACGUGGACGUGGACGUGGACGUGGACGACGUGGACGUGGACAUGGACGUGGACGUGGACAUGGACGUGGACGUGGACGUGGACGUGGACGUGGACGUGGACGUGGACGUGGACGUGGACGCAUGGACGUGGACGUGGACGGGACGUGGACGUGGACGUGGACGUGGACGUGGACGUGGACGUGGACGUGGACGUGGACGUGGACGUGGACGUGGACGUGGACGUGGACGUGGACAUGGACGUGGACGUGGACGUGGACGUGGACGUGGACGUGGACGUGGACGUGGACGUGGACAUGGACGUGGACUUGGACGUGGACGUGGACGUGGACGUGGACGUGGACGUGGACGUGGACGUGGACGUGGACGUGGACGUGGACAUGGACGUGGACGUGGACGUGGACAUGGACGUGGACGUGGACGUGGACAUAGACGUGGACGUGGACAUGGACGUGGACGUGGACAUGGACGUGGACGUGGACGUGGACGUGGACGUGGACGUGGACGUGGACGUGGACGUGGACGUGGACGUGGACGUGGACAUAGACGUGGACGUGGACGUGGACGUGGACGUGGACGUGGACGUGGACGUGGACAUGGACGUGGACGUGGACAUGGACGUGGACGUGGACGUGGACGUGGACGUGACAUGGACGUGGACGUGGACGUGGACGUGGACGUGGACGUGGACGUGGACGUGGACGUGGACGUGGACGUGGACGUGA